ACGUGUAUCAGUUGCUGUCGCGCAAAAAUAUUAUUUUUAUUGGGAUAACUUGAAAAUAGUUUACUUGAAAGAAAUUACAAUUUUUUACUAUUGUUCACAUCCUCAUUCAUUCAUUUCUUUUCGUCCCAACCAGUCGAAUUCCCGGAUAAAUUUCGUUUGAUUUCGAAAAGGACUCCCAAUCCUAAAAUAAAAUAAAAUAUAUGUUUGGCUGCUACCACGCUUUCGAGCCGAAUCUGUUGAAAUCCUUGUUCCCAUUAUCAACACCGGUUUGUCCGUCGGACGUGCACGAGAAUCGCGGCAGGGGAAGUGGUGACGAAGAUUUCAAUGCGAAAGGAGUGAAAGCGCAAAGAAAUUUUAUCGUAUCGCGGCAUGAAUUCGUGGAUUCACAGAUUGUUUGUUUAAUGCUAUUUUGUUCGAUUGUGUUGCGAUUGUAAGGGCCGAGCCUCGGGUGCAUGUUACUUUCCAUAAUGCCUAACAUCGAUCUAACAAAAUAGUAAGAAAAUUCGUGAACCAUACAUGAACGUAUGAACGUCCUGUCGAUUGGGCCGAUUUGUUAUUUAAAAAUAAACAACAACAAUAUAAAAAAAGUUUAGGUAUUUCAAGAAUUAAAUUAUAAUUAAUUAAUUUGGGAAUUUUAAAGUGCAGCAACACACAAAAUAAUUUUUAAUCGUCGUCGCCUUUGGUGCUCAACGAAGUAGAAUACGAAAUUUAUUUUUUAUUCGUCUAUAUUGAGUGAAGUUGAUUUUCCGUGAUUGUGAUUGCACCUUUCCCUGUUGUGAAGAUAAAAUAUUUUUAACAAAAUGUCGACUAAACAAAAAUCGCAAGAGAAGAAUAAAAUGUCGGAAAUCGACGAUCAAAUUCUGAAACAUUUUGAAAUUAAAAAGCGUUUAGGAAAAGGAGCUUAUGGCAUUGUUUGGAAAGCAGUCGAUAAAAAGUCAGGUCAGAUAGUGGCAGUGAAAAAAAUUUUCGAUGCAUUUCGCAAUGAAACUGAUGCACAGCGUACAUUUCGCGAAAUAAUGUUUCUACGGGCAUUUCGAAACCACCCCAAUGUGAUUCAACUCCACAGUAUUUAUAAGGCAGCUAAUAACUUGGACAUCUAUUUAUCAUUUGAAUUCAUGGAAAGUGAUUUACAUAACGUGAUAAAAAGAGGUUCAAUUUUAAAAGAUGUGCACAAACGCUAUGUUAUGUAUCAAUUGUUAAAUGCAAUAAAGUACAUCCAUUCAGGGAAUGUAAUUCAUAGGGAUCUUAAACCAAGUAAUGUUCUCAUAGACAGCAAAUGCAGAUGUAAAAUAGCGGACUUCGGUCUGGCCAGGUCUGUAUCACAAAGACAAUUCGGAGAAACAAACAACAAUAUUGAUCCUUCGGAGCCAAUACUUACGGAUUAUGUGGCGACCCGUUGGUAUCGUGCACCGGAGAUAUUAGUAGCCAGUAAAAGGUAUACAAAAGGAAUUGAUAUGUGGAGUUUAGGAUGUAUAUUGGGAGAAAUGAUUCGGGGGAAACCUAUAUUUCCCGGAAGCAGUACAGUAAAUCAAAUUGAACGCAUAGUAUGUGCACUGCCAGAAGUAUCGGAAAAAGAUGUGUCUGCAGUUGGUGCUGGAUUUGGUUCUGUACUACUCAACCAACAAAUUAAUUCCGGCAGCAACGCCAAACUUGACGAAUUACUAUCAGGAGCCCCGGAGGAUUCUAAACAUCUAGUGAAAUCUCUUUUAUUAUUAGACCCUGCACGCAGACUUACCGCAAAACAAGCUCUCAAUCACAGAUAUGUGGAAAAGUUCCGACACACAAUCCCGGAAGCCGAACUAAACACAGAUGUCCUGCCGCCGUUUCGUGACGAUGUUCAAUUAACGGUCCCCGAAUAUCGAUCCAAACUAUACGAAAUAAUGCAAUCUAAUGAGAAAGGAGGCGGUGGAGGUGUUGGUGGUGCUGGGAAACAAACAAAUCGCAAAAAUCGAGAAAUAUCAACAGCCAAGCUUGAAGGUACAAUCACGGUUACUUCAUCAUCACUACCAAGUGCAAAGGUAGGAAGCACGAAGCCCUCAGAUUCAGAAAAGCGGCAAUCAACCAUGAACACCAAUUCAUCGGAAAAUAACUCACGAAAAAUAGAGAGAAAAGCUUCAGUUGUAACGCAAAGUAGCUCGCAAUAUAUCACCGUUUCCACGUCUUCAACAACCAACAAAACCUCGAAUACCCACACGAAUCACACAGGUUUCAAUUCCACUUACAGUACUGAAAAUAAAUAUAAGCCUAUCCCAAAAAUAAAGUAUUGCAAGAUUUCAAAUAUCCCUGACACAAAAAAUAUAGGGAGUAGCAAUGGAGUCACAGAAAGGACGGACAGCGAUCGUCGUUAUGCUUCAUUAAACUACAUUGGGAGGCCGGGAACAGCCAACUUAGAAAAAAGGCACUCAAUUGACGGUAGCUUCAGUAACGACUUACCACCUUCAAACACAAGCAUAUACUCCGAGAAAAAAGCCAUGCAUGGAAGUUGCCGAAACUUGAGCAAUGGCCGAGGCUCCCAGCCAGAAAAGCUAUCAUUUGGAAAGGAUAGUUUGAAUUACACGUCAUGGUCAAAUAAGUACCUCAGCAAUACUACUCCUCCUAACGGCCCUGAAGCCACUCCCGAGAAAACUAGUGCUCCUCCACCAAAUAAAAUUAUCAAAAAUGAUUCAUUCUCCCUCUCGAACGAUAGUGGAAGCUACUAUGAAAGGCGCCUAAAAAAUCUAGAGGAGCGUAUCCAGCGACACAAGAUGGACAUCAACGCGUUGUUCACACAGAACGCUAAGCAGAAGAUGUCUAGGUCUGAAAGCGUUGAAGGCAAUAGUUACCUAUCGAGUAGUAAGAAGCCAGCACCCUUGAUGGCUUCAAUGAGCAAUAGUGCAACCACAGGGGCUAUGGCCGCAAGCAACGGAAAAUACAUUAAGGGGAAAGCAAAUUUGAAUCGUUCAAAAUCAGAGAACACAAAUUCUAGCAUUAAGCAAAAGCCUACAAUUAGGUAUGACUACACAUUCUCGGAGGGCGAUCGACUGAGCACAAAACAUAAACCUGGGGGUGUUGGUACUGUUAUUGGUAAUUCCGCGAUGAUGGCAUCGAGUGGUGGCGAGUAUGGAUUAGUUACUGCCAAGGAACUCUACGAUUUGAGAAAAUCUCAAGUGAUUUCAUGAGAAUUAUGAAAAUAUUUUUUGAUGGCGUAUAUUUUCUUGUGUAUGUACAUAUAUAUAAUAGACUAACACUACAAGCAUAAUAUUAGGUGAACUGAAAACCGAACAUAUUUGUUGUUAGAGUUUAUUUUCCACAAUUUUACAGUUGUGUUGCUUUGUAUACUGUAUU